AUGCCUUGUUAUGCUGAUACGAUUGUUAGAGUUAAGUUUGUAAAACAAACUGUUAAAGAAGAUUCUAAUUUGUUGGUCGUUUGGGCUCUUGGCGUAUAUCCUGUAGAGCAGGAGGAUUAUAAUAUUGAGAUGACUUUGUUUGCACCGGUUAAUCCGGAUGAUAGGGAUCCUGAGUCUCAGGCUCUUUUUAAGGUUGAUGAAUCUAAUAAGUGUCCAUUAAAGGUAUCUUUAGUUGGAAUUCCUCAAGAGGUGCCGAAUGAAAUUAAGGAUGAUGCUAUUGUUCAGAUAUUGGUAACUGAUUAUGUUGGUCAGGAGGUUAAUUUUAAUAUGAAGGUUGUUUUUCCAUGUCGUAAUGCAUGGUUUACUUAUGUAAAGGAUAAUAUUCGGCCUAGAGAAUCGAUCAUUAACAAAAUUAUUA